AUGGAAAAAAAAUAAGGAGCAGUAAAGCAAAUAGUAUCCUCGAAUUGUGUGUUAAUAUCUGGACCAGUCAAUAAUGAGACAGGAGUGCCAAUGACCAAAUUCUUGACUUUGUAAGGAAUCCAAGCCCCAGAAUUCUCAUUGACAGAUAAGGAGAAUCCAAAAUAAGAAUCCUUUGGAUUUUUGGCAAGGGAGUUCUUGAGAAAGUAAGUGUUAGGAUAAUAAAUUGAAUUCACAAUCGAACACAAGAUCAAAGACUAAAAUGAUAAAGUCAUUGGAAGAAUCUUUAAAAAUGGAUAAGAUAUUGGAGAAUUGUAAUUAAGAGAAGGAUUGGCAUAAUUAAGACAAUAAGGAAAGCCAAGUCAGGAAUAUGAGAAUGCAUAAAAUUUGGCUAAAUAGAAUGGAAAGGGUAUAUGGUCAAAAAGAGAAGAAUUAGUCAAAUAUAAUAAAAUUGAUUUGAAGGAUGUCAAACCUAAAUAAUACACCUAAUGUUUUGUUGAAGAUGUACAAGGAUUGUUUGUAUUUUAUGCUUACAUCCCGGAAUUACAAGGCUUAGUGAAAUGCUCAUAUGGAGAAGUCUUUAUGCCAACAUCAGUUUCAUAAGUGUUGUAAAAUAGAGCUAAAUGGACAAUCUAAGAGUUGAUUCUCCAAUAAGAGGUCACUUUGACAGUCCAAGGACAAGAUGAAAAGUUUUAGUCAUUGAGAGUAGAUAUCAAAAAGAAAGAUUUAGAUGUAAAGAAAGAACUUGUGAGUUUGGGAUACUUUAGAUUAUCACCAAAUGCAUUUUAAUUAAUCAAUGAUCAAAAGAGAUACAACGAAUUGAAAGAGACUUAAAGUCAAGCUGAAAUCAAAUUAAUUGGAAUAUGGAAAGAUGCCAUGAAAUAAUAACAAUAAUAAUAAGCAGUUGUCUUAUAAGGUGGCAAAUAGACAUAUUAAGCCAAAAUUAUUGAAGUCCAUUCAGGAGAUCAAUUGACUGUCAUGAAUGUCAACAAUAGAUAAUAAUCAAGAGUGUUAUUGGCAUCAGUCAAGGCUCCAAAAUAUUCAUUAAAGGAGACUUAACCAUUUGGAUAUGAAGCUAAAGAAUUUGUUAGAAAACAUGCUAUUGGUAAAACAGUUAAAGUGGAAGUUGAAUACGAGAAGAAAAUUAAACCAAAGGAUAUUGAAGGAUUAGCUGAUGAAGAUGAUAAGAAAAAGUUAUAAUAAGAAUUAAAUAUGAUCUUCGUUAACAUCAUAUUAACAGAAGAUGGCGAUUAAAAUUUAGCAGCUUUAGUAGUUGGAGCAGGAUAUGCAACUGUUCAACCUCCAAGAGGAGAUGAUGGAGUUUCUAGAUAUAUUGAUGAAUUAACAGGUGCUUAAGAAUCUGCAAAUAAAGCUAAAAAGGGAAUCCAUGGUAAACCAGUUUAAUUGCCUAAGACCACUGAUUUAUCUGUUAAUCCUAAUUUAUAAAGAUCUAGAGAUGCCUUUGAUUCUUUAAGAACAUUAAGAAAACUAUCUGGAGUUGUUGAAUUAGUGUUGAAUGGAUCAAGAUUAAAAUUGAAAUUUCAUGAAUAAAACUUUACAUCUAUUGUUGUACUUGCUGGAGUCAAAUGUUUACCAAACGAGUAAAAUCUACCAGAAUUUUAAAAAUUCUCAAAUAUUGCUUUGUAAUAUGUCAAAGAAAAUGCUCUUCAAAGAGAUAUAAAAAGGGUAUCUUCCCAUGGACACGUUUUCAUUGGCAAAUAAAGAACCAACUUAGGAUUAACACUUCUUGAGUUAGGAUUAGCAGUUACAUUUAACCCAGUGGCUAAUAGUCACGCAUAUCAAGCAUUAUUUGCUGAUGCUGAAUCAAAGGCUAAAUUGAAGAGAGAAGGUUUAUGGGAUAUCAAAGGAUUAGAUUUAACUAUUGUAAAGGGUGAUGAUGAUGUACCUGUUAGAUCUGAAAUCAAACUGUUGAAUGGAGAAUUGAAAAAAUUAAUAUUGGUUGAAAUCGCAGAUAGCAAUACUCUUUACUUCUAAGACCCAACAGAUAAAUUGUUAGGAUAAAUUGAAAAGAGUCUUGGAUCAUUUACAGCUAUUGAAGCUAAUAAAUUGGUUCCACCAUUCAAAAAGGGUUUGCUUUGUGUUGCUAAAUUCUCUGUUGAUGGCAACUGGUAUAGAGCUAAAAUUACAAGAGAAUUAAAGAAUAGAUACGAAGUCUUAUUCGUUGAUUAUGGAAAUGUUGAUAUUGUCUCACAAAAUGAUAUCAGAAAACUUCCUGAGAAUUUGGCUGCAUUACCUCCUUAAGCUAUUAGAUGCAAUUUAGCCUAUAUUAAUGGACCUACGAUAAGUCAUGAAUUAGGCAACAAGGUUGGAUAAUUCAUCAGAGAUUAAAUCUUCGAAAAGGAAGUUGUCGUUUCUUUUGAGUAUUAGGAUGAUGUUAGCAAAGGAGUUAUUGCCUAUUUGACCAAAGAGAAUCAACCCAAUAAAUCACUUAACAUUCUAUUGUUAUCAUAAGGCUUUGCUAAGCUUGAUAAAGCAGCUCCUCCUUUACCUUAAAAAUUAGAGGAAUGGCUUAAGACAAGUCAAGAGGCUGAAAAUAAUAGCAAGGGAUUAUGGAAUUACGAUGAAGAAACUGAGUGA